GCUGGAAAACCAACGAAAGCCUUCAGCUUUACGGGAACCACAGAGAAGAGAACCCGUAGAUCUUUCGGCUCUCCCGGGGUUCGGGGGUGACCCCGAUCCGUACGGAGCCGCUCCGCCGCCCCCCGCUAUGGCAGCGCUCCCCGGGACGGUACCGCGGAUGAUGCGCCCGGCGCCGGGGCAAAACUACCCUCGCACCGGCUUCCCUUUAGAAGUGUCCACCCCGCUGGGCCAGGGUCGGGUGAAUCAACUCGGAGGGGUUUUCAUCAACGGGCGCCCAUUGCCCAACCACAUCCGCCACAAGAUCGUAGAGAUGGCUCACCACGGCAUCCGGCCCUGCGUGAUUUCCAGGCAGCUCAGGGUCUCCCACGGCUGCGUUUCCAAAAUCCUCUGCAGGUACCAAGAGACGGGCUCCAUCCGACCCGGGGCCAUCGGGGGCAGCAAGCCCAGGCAGGUUGCGACUCCCGACGUGGAGAAGAAAAUCGAGGAAUACAAGAGAGAAAACCCUGGGAUGUUCAGCUGGGAGAUCAGGGACAGGCUGCUGAAGGAUGGACACUGCGACCGCAGCACUGUGCCCUCAGGUUUAGUGAGUUCGAUUAGCCGUGUGCUACGCAUCAAAUUCGGGAAGAAAGAGGAAGAGGAGGACUGCGACAAGAAGGAGGAAGACGGGGAGAAGAAGGCCAAGCACAGCAUAGAUGGCAUCCUGGGCGACAAAGGGAACAGGCUGGAUGAAGGUUCCGAUGUCGAAUCCGAACCAGACCUGCCUUUGAAGAGGAAGCAGCGCCGCAGCCGGACCACUUUCACUGCAGAGCAGCUGGAGGAGCUGGAGAAGGCUUUUGAGAGGACUCACUACCCAGAUAUCUACACCCGGGAGGAGCUGGCACAGAGAACCAAGCUCACCGAGGCCCGUGUUCAGGUGUGGUUCAGCAACCGACGAGCGAGAUGGCGCAAGCAGGCGGGUGCCAACCAACUCGCAGCAUUCAACCAUCUGCUGCCAGGGGGCUUCCCACCCACAGGCAUGCCAACUCUGCCCCCGUACCAGCUGCCAGACUCCACCUACCCAACCACCACCAUUUCCCAAGAUGGAGGCAGCACCGUGCACAGACCCCAGCCCUUGCCACCAUCCACCAUGCAUCAGGGAGGGCUCGCUGCUGCCGCUGCAGCCGACUCCAGCUCUGCCUAUGGGGCCCGACACAGCUUCUCCAGCUACUCAGACAGCUUCAUGAAUGCUGCAGCUCCUGCCAACCACAUGAAUCCUGUUAGCAAUGGCCUCUCUCCACAGGUGAUGAGCAUCCUGAGCAACCCCAGCGGGGUUCCUCCGCAGCCCCAGGCUGAUUUCUCCAUCUCUCCCCUUCACGGUGGCCUGGACACCACCAACUCCAUCUCUGCCAGCUGCAGCCAGCGGAGUGACUCCAUCAAAUCCGUGGACAGCCUCCCGACCUCGCAGUCCUACUGUCCUCCCACCUACAGCACCACCAGUUACAGCGUGGACCCAGUGGCUGGCUACCAGUAUGGGCAGUAUGGACAAACUGCUGUUGAUUAUUUGGCCAAGAACGUGAGCCUGUCCACGCAGCGUAGGAUGAAGCUGGGAGAACAUUCGGCUGUUCUGGGGCUCCUACCAGUAGAGACAGGCCAAGCUUAUUGAAGAGUCCAACUGUGCCAACAACCCACUCCAGCAACUCAGUACCACUGGAGAAACACUACCAGCCUUCCAGGGAUCUGCCUAUACCCGGACCCUACUCCUUCCCAACUCCCUUCCACCUCUCAUCAACUUGUGAAGGAGACGGGAAAGAUGGGGAGGGCUCUCCAAGAAUCCAGCUCCUCCCAGAGUGCUCAGAGGCAAGCCUGGCCUCAUUGACCUGAAUUCUGUGGCCAGAGACAAUAGGUUGGGUACAUUUAUUAACCCCAAGUUCAUGCCCUCCCUCUACCUGGCCAUGGCGUUUUGCCCAUGCUUAAGGACCUUCCAUUGAUCUAGGUAGUUGGCAUAGUCAAAGCCAAAUUGAUCUUUUCUUUUUGUUUCCUUUUCUUUCCAUUGGUGUAAAUUUGGUGAAUGUUGUAUAGGAAGGAAUAACCAAGCUGAUUGUUAAGGAUGAUGUAAUUCGGGACCACAGAAGACCUAUGGACCAAAUAUAAGAACUUGUUUUAAACAAACAAACAAACAAACAAAAAAAAAAAACCACACAACAAAACCAACAAAAAACAGCAACAUGAACACAAGAAACACGAACAAACACACAAAGACAAAAAGCUCAAGAGUAAAUUAAAGAGACAACAAAUGUCCCCCACCCCACUCUACCCUUCUGUUCUCACCGAUGGCUUCCCAAAGCAGGGCCAAAGCAGGCCAGAUUGCUGCUAAGCAGGGGCAGGGUGGAUGUCCAUCCAGCCUGGGACCUUCGGAAGGUGUAAAUGUGAAUUGCUGCAUGAGGACUGGAGAUGGUGGGCACAGGCACGAGCAACAUUUACGUUUCCUCAUAGGGACCAAGUUUGACCUGGUUAUCACCAAAAGGACACGGGCAUCAGAUAGUGGCAGAAGAUGUGGUAGCAAACUCUGGCCAGAGAGAGGGCAUCAGAUACAGAUGACUAUUGUGGAGCUUUUGCCCUUGCAAUCAAGAAGGGCGAGGACUGUCGUGGCCCCUCCAUCCUUCAAUGGGAGAGAAGUUGGCCACUGAGAGCAAAAACAGCAGAGAAGGAAGAGUCAAAGUUGUUUCAGAGGGUCAGUGUGCAGAAUGGGGUUCUGCUGCAAGGAAAGGGCCACCUGAAUGAAAAUGGGGCUGCACGUUCAGAUGAGUUCUGCUCCAGCACGUACUUAUAGGGCCAGGUUGUUACAGACACUUCUGCUGUGCCCUUUUUCUCUCACUGCUGUUUCUUCAGUUCUUUCCAAAUAAUCUGACGUUGUUUUUGCAGCUGAAACAACGUUUUCCUGGGGAACUCCCCCCUGCCUUGCCCCAGCCUCAUUUAUCACGAACCUUCAAGCUGCUUUCUCCUGAGCCAUGUGGGCAAGUACCUGUCGGGACCAAAGCCGAAUUUUGCUUCUUACAUUGCUCAGCAUCCUUUCGGAUCCAUAUACAGCACUGAUCAGCUUUGCUGCAUGUGGGUGAUGGAGCCUACAUUCCCAAAAGCGUGCCAACACACCAGCUUGGCCACUCUGCCAGUCACACCAUCCCCAGCGUUGCCCUGUUUGUGCCAGUCUGAGGUCUUGGUAAGCAACACAAGAUGCUGCUCUUGAGCUGAUUGAAGGGAGAAAUCCCUUUUGAACUCCAGUCCUGGCUUAAAUGUCAUUCCGAAGUCACCUUCUGUGACUGCCAUGUCAGAACAGGGGGUUCUAGGGCAAGAACAAGGGUGUCUGUGUUAGACAUGAGCAUAGGGGUCAAUGCCAGAAACACCCAUUUGCUAAAACAACCUAUUCUUUAACAAGAGGCCAACAAUCCCCGCUACUUCACACUGAAAUUUCUGACCAAAUGCAUUCCUCGCUGCCUGCAAAACGAGAAGGAAAGUUUCACUUUGUCACGAGAAUCGCUCCCACUGGCAAAAUCCUACCAGCUUUCUUCUCCCCACUCCAUCCUAUCUCCCAGCCGUGCAUCCAGCCCACCUCCCCAACCACCCCUUCGGAGCGGUGCACAGAACCCCACCAAUUAAAGUCUUAAAUAGAGGGAGCACCGCAGGAACCUGUUUGCCAUUCACCUUCACCUGAAAGUCCGUGAGCACCCGGGCACUGCUGUAAAUAGAGUUUGUAGGGGAAUCCGAAUCGCCCCGCUAGCACCCAUA